AUGUCUCCGUCCACGUCCCCGCGGUUCUUCACGGAGCGGGAGGUGGCCCGCCACCGGUCCCGGGACUCCUGCUGGGUGCUGCUGGGCUCCCGGGUGUACGACGUGACCGGUUUCCUGCGGAUGCACCCGGGCGGGGAGGCUCUGAUCCGGGGCCGGGCCGGGAGGGACGUGGCCCGGGACAUGGAGGGCCCCCCGCACCGCCACUCCCCCAACGCGCGCCGCUGGAUGGAGCAGUACUACAUCGGGGAGCUGGACCGGGACGAGCAGGAGACAGACAAGUGA